CCGUUCCCUUCCCCUUUUUGGCACGCUUCCCCAGAACCAUCACCCCCUGAACAAUGCGGGGGGAACCUGGGGAAUGUCCCAGGCAUCUUAUACAAACCUCCAACUUCCUAUUUCACAUUGCUUUUCAUCUUUAUAUCUAAUGUUUACAUAUCAGUGUGUUUGUGCGUGUCUGUAUCAUUAUUGAAGCGUUUCAUUGUACCAUACCCAUGUAAAACAGUCAAGAUGGGCGGUAAAAUCGACUGCUAUCUUGACAUAGCUUCCUUAUACUCCUACCUCGCAUACCUAGACCUCCUCCGCAACCGCCCCAUCCUCGCCUCCCACGGUGUAACCGUCGAAUUCCACCCAACCUUCCUCGGCGCCCUCAACCAAGCAACAGGCAACAAACCCCCCUGGACCCUCCCCGCCAAAGCCGCCCACGGCCCCUUCGACGCAGCCCGCUCCAUCGCCCGCCAGGGCACCUACCCCAAUGGCAGUCCCCUCAACAUCACCUUCCCGGAAAACCUCUUUAUAAACGGGAAAACCAUCCUUCCCCUUCGUGCCCUGCACUGCAUCAAGACCAAGUUUCCCCCAGAAACCCUCGACCAAACCCUCCUCUACCUCUUCCACAUCUUUUGGUCACCUCCCAAUCUCAACCUUACUGUCCCUGAAAACCUCAAGUCAACGCUGUUGGCUGUGCCGGAGGGGUUCUCCGGUCCUACGGCGAAUGAUGACAAGAAGAAGAAGUUGUUUAGUGCGGAGCAGGUGGAGGAGAUUAUGAAGGGGGCUCAAGCAGAAGAGUUUAAAGGGAAGCUGAAGAAGACGACUGGCGAAGCGUUGGAGAGGGGGGCUUUUGGGGCGCCGUGGAUAUGGGUUACGAACGACAAAGGGGAGGGGGAGCCCUUUUUUGGGAGUGAUAGGUUCCAUUUUGUUUACAAGCAUUUGGGGUUGCCGUAUAGGGAUGUGGAGGUUUUGGCUAAUGGGGAUGAUCCGAAGUGGGGGAAGCUUUGGAGGAAGGAGAAUGGGGCGAAGUUGUAG